AGGUUAUUUGUUGUGUAAGUUGUCAUUAUUAGUAAGGCUGGAGUAUUUUUAUUUUUAUUAUAGUUAAGUGAUGAUGAAAAGGUUGACAUACGCCAUGAACAGGAAGACUACCCAGGAAUCCAAAAGCUAAACCACUCAGGCGACACCAUCAAGCUGCAACAGGUCCAAGGUGUACAGACAACCCAAUCAGGUCACACCAUGCAACCUACCCAGGUGACCCAGUCAAGUCACACCAUCCAGUCACAACAGGCCACACCUGCUCAGGCAAUCCAGUCAAGUCACACCAUCCAGUUACAACAAGCGAUACCUGAUCAGGCAACCCAGUCAGGGCACACCAUGCAAUCACAGCAGGCCAUACCUGAUCAGGCAACCCAGACAGGACACACCAUGCAAUCACAGCAGGCCAUACCUGAUCAGGCAACCCAGUCAGGGCACACUAUGCAGUCACAGCAGGCCAUACCUGAUCAGACAACCCAGUCAGGGCACACCAUCCAGUUACUACAGGCCAUGCCUGAUCAGGCAAUUCAGUCAGAUCACACCAUCCAACUGCAAGAAGCCCAAGUGGUUGAGCCAAUUCAUAACCCAUAUGAUGGUGUUGAAUUUCUUCCCAUGCUUUAUGAUGAUAAUGAUGCACCAACAAGGUCCAUCACUGUUUAUCGAAGUACCAUGAGGAAAGACCCAAUUGAAACAUUCAGUGAUCCCAGUAUUUCAUCCUGUCAACUUGAUGUCACUGUCAUUGAUUCAAAUGGCAAUGCAGAACAAGGCAAAGGCAGGGGAGUUCUUGAUGCGCUUACUGAAUUCUGGCAGGCUUUCUUCACUUCACUCACUGUUGGUAGCGCAGAGAAGAUUCCUUUCAUCAGGCAUGAUCUGCAGAAACCUGAAUGGGAAGCUAUUGCAAGAAUCUUGGUUUAUGGUUACAAGACUGUUAAGUACUUCCCUCUGAAACUUUCUCAUCUAUUUUUGGCAUCAUGCUUGUUUGGUGAAGAAAGUAUUACACCAGACUUGCUUCUAGCAUCAUUUAGAGAGUAUAUUGCAGCUGAAGAUAGAGAGGUCUUAGACAAGUGUCUCAGUGAUGCUUUCGACCCAGAGGAUAAAGAAACAAUUGAAUUCCUCUCUGCAUUAAAGUGCUUCAGGUUGCCCAACAAAAACAACAUUGAAACAAUAAUCAUGGAGUUGGCUCACCAAGAAUUGGUUCAGAAAGCAAGAUAUGUAUUAAACAGCUGGGCCCCUAUUCUGGACUCACUGCGCUUUGAUCACAGUUUUCAAACCCUUGAAGGUCUCAAGGAACUAUAUGACAGGAAGCGCCCAACAGCUAGGAAAAUCAAUAACCUGUUCAAGGCAGAGCCAUCUAAUGAUGCUGAACGGCAGAGUCUGGGACAUCUUAAAAGGUUUGUCAAAUCCUUAGAACGAAAGGCAUUGGCCAAGUUCCUUCAUUUCUGCACAGGAAGUGACGUCAUUACAUGUGAUGACAUUGAAGUGUCCUUCACUUCUUUGGAAGGUCUCCAACGACGCCCUGUAGCUCGCACAUGUGUACCACUGCUAGAGCUACCAACUACAUAUGAAUCGUAUCCAGCUUUGUUAGAAGAAUUUACUAAUAUCAUGAAAGAAGACCAAGCAUGGUCUUUUGACAUGAUUUAGGUCUUUACUUGAAUGUAUUCUUAGCCUGCAUUUCAGCUCAAUUGGUUGGGUUUUCAUUUGAAGACCUGCGAUCUCUAAGCAAUGUAGGAGAGGGACUAGUAAAAAAAAAAUUUCUGUAUCCAGACCCCAUUUCCCCUGCCGCCACCCUUGACUCGCUGGUUCCAAUGUGCCAGUUCUGCUGCUGCGAGUCACUGAAAACCCCAGCCAAGAGAGCAUGCCAUGAGAGGAUUAUUAGCAAACUGCACCUUACAUUCACUUUUAAGACAGUCCUUCUACCGCUAAUUAUUUGAAGUCACAAAAACCUGAGAAGGGCUUUUGCAGAAACCAUUUCUACAAUUAUUUCAUAGCACAGCUGACUUUGUUCUAAGUUUCACAAAAUUAUUUAGAUGUCUAUUGCCUGAGAAAGGUUAGUUGAAUUUAUAAAACACAGCACAAGUUCGUUAUAGCUUUACAAGAGAAAAGUAAAAAUCUCAAAUGACAAUUGUCACUGAAUGUUUGUCAUUUCUUUUGAGCUUUUGGCAUUGCGUUAUCAUUUCAAAUGUUGAGUUCUUGCAAAACUAAACAAAUAUGUACCAGUAAAUUUAAAUUACUGUAUGUAAUUCAUAAUUAUGAUUCUAAAUUCCUGAUAUUCUGAUUAAUUUACUAGGACAAAUAACAAUAUUGUUUCAUCAUUGUUGUAUAAAAUCACAGGACUGGAAAAAUUGUGAACAAAUGGAAAGAUCCUUUUCUUGUUUUAAGUUAAUAAAAAACGUAAUAACAAACCCAA